AUGUUUGGGAAUGCAAAGGACGACGAGAGUUCCACCAUUGGCACUCCUGCAAGCAAUGACGCGCCACAGCCCACCGCAGCCCCGGCGACAGACAACGGAGCUGCAGGCGCAAUAAACACGACCAGCAACGGCUCCGCUUCGAUAGAUCGCAAGCCCAGUGAUGCUUCUGCGCCUGCUGAGAGAAAACGACGGAGUAGCGGCGUGUCGCGUGCCCGGGACAUGUUCUCGAGCGCGAAACAGUCGUUGCAUCUCGGCGGCUCGUCAGGCUCUCCCACCUCCAGUACCUCCACCAUGUCAGAAAAGGCCUCCCCUCAAACCCCCAUGCAGAAGCUCGGCAAAUCCGAUGCUGCUCUCAGUGUCCCCCAGGGCUCACUCAACAACUCUGCCGGCGAGUCGGCGCCUGGCCCACGAUCCACCUUCCGCGUCGGUGUCACAGAGGAUAAGAACAAGAAGUGCAGACGAACGAUGGAGGAUACCCAUGCAUAUCUAUACAACUUCCUGAGCACUCCGGCUCCCUCUUACGGCGCCGAGAAGACACGCGCCAUAUCCGAUGCCAGUUCGACUCAGUCGGAUGCUCUGUCGCAAGCCGUAGUCGAGACCGACAACGGAUACUUCGCCAUCUUCGACGGACACGCCGGAACGUUCGCUGCCGAUUGGUGUGGGAAGAAGCUCCAUUUGAUUCUGGAAGAGACAAUUCGAAAGAACCCAAAUACCCCGAUACCCGAACUACUUGACCAGACCUUCACCGUAGUCGACCAGCAGUUGGAAAAGCUUCCUCUGAAGAACAGUGGUUGUACCGCGGUCAUCGCUGUCUUGAGGUGGGAGGACCGAGUGCCUAACGCUCAGUCGUCUACCGGCUCGGUCCUCUUCGCACCCGCGGCAGUAUCGGCUAUCAAGCACGCCGGCGAAGGCGAGGCCAGGGACGGUGCUGAUUCCGCUGUGGAGCCUGCAGCUGAACAACAAGUGGAGGCGAGGUUACGGAACGAGGCCAGUCGACAGCGCGUGCUGUAUACGGCCAACGUGGGCGAUGCGCGUAUUGUUCUCUGCCGUAAUGGCCGAGCACUUCGCCUCUCUUACGACCACAAGGGUAGCGACGAGAAUGAAGGCCGUCGGGUUGCCAGCGCUGGUGGUUUGAUUCUCAACAACCGCGUUAAUGGCGUUCUUGCUGUUACACGAGCACUGGGGGAUGCCUAUAUGAAGGACCUGGUCACCGGACACCCGUACACCACCGAGACUGUUAUCCAGGCAGAGCAGGACGAAUUUCUCAUUCUUGCUUGCGAUGGACUCUGGGAUGUCUGCUCCGACCAGGAAGCUGUUGACCUAGUCCGCCAAGUCCACGAUCCCCAAGAAGCAUCCAAGAAGCUCGUCGACUAUGCCCUCGCUCGCUUCUCUACCGACAAUCUUUCCUGCAUGGUCGUACGCUUCGACAACAAGGCACUCCGACAGCGCAAGAAUGACGCCGCCAUGGGUGUAGAUGGUGAUCAGUCUACCAUGAAGGGCGGAAUUACCGAGGCAGACGCCAUCGUGGCACAGACGAAGAAAGCAAUCGGCGAACCAGAAGUACCGGUCGAGGCUGCGGCACAGGAAAUCAUUAUGGAGGAGGCGGAGGCAGAGCCAGGUCCUGAGCUGAACAUUGACGCUGCGAAGGCAGCUAGGAAAAACGACGUGUAG